AUGAAUAAAACAGUACUUGCAAUAUUGGGUGUCUUAGUAUUAGCGGUGCUAACCGAAUCGAGAUCGCACUCUUCAGGGAAGAAAAGCCAUCAUUCCCAAUGUGAUACUAAAGAAGACGACAGCAGUGAGAAACAAAACUUGGACUUGAUGAAGAACUGUCAGUGCAAUGAUCGGAAGAAAGUGAAAUGCGAUGAUUCAUCAUCUUCGUCAUCAUCGUCAUCCUCAUCUUCAGAAGAAGAUGAUGAUAAAUGUCGUCGCAGCAACGGUAGAAGCAAUGAUUCCUCUUCGUCUUCGUCGUCCUCGAGCUCUUCCUCGUCUUCAGAGGAAGACAAAAAUGAUGGAAAAUGUAACAAUUGUGACAGCAACAAGUCGUCACAUCACCACAAAAAAGGCAAGCACUUCAAGGGC